AUGGUAGUUGAUCUUGAUAAGCAUUUGAAACCAGGGAAGGAUAGUUACAUUGCACUUGGUCUCGAAGGCUCGGCCAAUAAACUUGGAGUGGGUGUCAUCAGACAUCCUCGCGGUCAACUCACUUCUCUGAACCGCGCUGAAGUUUUAUCCAAUAUCCGAGAUACUUACAUCACUCCACCAGGCGAGGGUUUUCUACCAAGGGACACUGCCCGGCACCAUCGAAAUUGGGUUGUUCGUGUUAUAAAGAAAGCACUUGCAACUGCACGAAUCGCAGGUUCCCAAAUUGAUUGUAUUUGUUUCACACAAGGGCCGGGAAUGGGUGCGCCUUUGCAAAGUGUAGUUAUUGCUGCUCGAACAUUGGCGCAAUUAUGGGAUGUGCCGCUAGUUGGAGUUAAUCAUUGUGUUGGACAUAUUGAGAUGGGACGAGAAAUUACUGGAGCAGAUAAUCCAGUGGUUUUAUACGUCAGUGGUGGAAACACCCAAGUGAUUGCCUAUUCAAAGCAAAGGUAUCGUAUAUUUGGUGAAACAUUGGACAUUGCGAUUGGUAAUUGUUUAGAUCGAUUUGCUAGAACAUUAAAAAUCCCCAAUGAACCAGCACCAGGGUACAAUAUCGAGCAGAUGGCGAAACGUGGGAAGCACUUAGUUAGCUUGCCAUACACGAUCAAGGGUAUGGAUAUGUCAAUGCUGGGAAUCUUGGCAUAUAUUGAUGGCAUUGCAAAGGAUUUGUUCAGCGAAAAACAAAAACGCAACCUUGUAGACGAAGAGACAGGAGAGCAAAUCACGGCAGAGGAUUUGUGUUUCUCAUUGCAGGAGAUUUUAUUCAGUAUGUUAGUGGAAAUUACAGAAAGGGCCUUGGCCCAUGUUGAUAGUAACCAGGUUUUGAUUGUUGGUGGUGUCGGUUCGAAUGAGAGGCUUCAGGAGAUGAUGAAGUUGAUGAUUCAGGAUAGAAAGAAUGGACAAAUAUACGCCACAGAUGAACGGUUCUGUAUUGAUAACGGGAUUAUGAUUGCACAUGCGGGACUAUUACAAUACAGAAUGGGACAAACCAACGAGUUGAAAAACACCGUAUGUACUCAGCGAUUCAGAACUGAUGAAGUCUUUGUCAAUUGGCGCGAUGAUUAA